AUGUUACUCUUUAGACAAUAGAAUUUGCCUCCUACAGUAUAGAAAAUAUACCAAUCUUUUUCUUUCAAAAUCUUAUAAUUAGUGUUAAUAAUUUUCCCUUUUAAUGUUAAUAUCAUGAAAAACAUCAAUCCUAUCAUAAUAUUAUUAAAUACUAAUUCUUAUCUUAAAUUAUUUCAUAAAUUUUCUUUAUCAUUUUUUCAAUUAUUUGAGAAAUUUUACAAUUUUUUAAGACUGAAUUGGAUUUGUUAAUAAGAUCAAUAGUAGAGAGAAAGUAGAAUUUAAUCUAUAAAAACAAAUAUUAAUAGUUUUAAUAUUACAGUAAAGUAAUCAUCUCAUAUACUUUAGGAAAAAGAUAUAAAUAGUUGAACUCAAAUUGAUAAUAGCCUAAUAUCCCAAAACUAAAAAAAGUCUGGUCUAUCAUUUAAAAAAAAUACAUAAGUUUAAAAGUAUUAAAAAAAGUAAUAGAAAUUCAGAUUAAAAAAAAUAAAUGUAAUUUCCAAAAGAAUAGCGAAUAGAUUUAUAUGAUAUUUUCACUAAUGUUAAAAUUGUUGAUGAAAUAAUAUUCAGUGUGAUUAUUGAAAUUUUUAGAAACGAAAAAAUUUCUGAUGCAUUAGAAUAUCUAUAACUUGAUGAAAAUCGAAAGUAGUGUGAAUAAUACAUUUUACAAAGAGAGAAUUUAUCAUUGGUGGAUUUUAAAAGAAAUUAAAAUUUCAUUAGAGAAUGUAUAUAGUUAAUUACAAAUACUCUUAAAUAAAUUAGAGAUCAUGAUUUUAAUGAAAAUGAUUAUUCCAACGAAAUCUAUUUAUAAACAAGGGAAGAUUUGAUAAAAGAGGAUUUGAGGUUCAUCAAAUUUUUGAAAUUUUUAGUUCAUCUUACUGCUAUAGAUAACAAAUUCAUUUAAUGUGGAUCUAAUUCAUUACACUUAUUAAUUGAAAUGAAGAUCGAUCUUACGAAAUAAAGCUUAGAAAAUAUUAAGAUUAAAAACACUUCUUUGAUUGGAGCUAAUUUUUUUAGAUGCAAUUUGAGCGGAUCAUAAUUUGAAAAUGUUUGUAUAAGCGGAAUGAAUUUGAAUGAGGCAUAAUUAUUCAAUUGUAUAUGGAAAAAUAUAAGAAUACAUGAAUUGCAUAAAUUAUAGGGUAAUGGUGGUGUGAUCUACUCAAUAUGCUUCUCUCCUGAUAGUACUACAUUAGCAUGUGGUUGUGGUGAUGGUUCAAUCCAUUUAUGGAAUGCAUAGAAAGGAAGAUAGAAUGCAUUAUUCGAUAAUAGUUGUAAGUAUGUCAGAUCAGUAUGCUUCUCUCCUAAUGGCACUACGUUAGCAUCUGGCAGUGAUAAAGCUAUCUGUUUAUGGGAUGUUAAGACAGGACAAAAAAAGAUAAAAAUUUAUGGCCACGCUAAUAAUGUCGAUUCUAUUUGUUUCUCUCCUGACGGUACUACAUUAGCAUCUAGUAGUAGUGAGUGUGUGUAUUUAUGGCAUGCUAUGACAGGACAAUAACAAUCAAAAUUUGAUGGUCACUCUAAUGAUGUCAAAUCUAUAUGCUUCUCUCCUGAUGGUAUUACAUUAGCAUCUGGUGGUUUAGAUAACUCCAUCCUUCUGUGGGAUAUUAACACAAGAAAGUAUAAAUCUAUAUUAAUUGUGCAUUCUCCUGUUAUUUCAGUAUGCUUUUCACCUGAUGGUUCUAAACUAGCAUCUGGCUGUGGAGACGGUUCCAUCUGUUUAUGGGAUGUCAACAUAGAAAAAAUAAUAUUUAUAUUUAACGGCCAUAGCAGCUGGGUUUAGUCAGUAUGCUUUUCUCAAGAUGGUUUUACAUUAGCAUCUGGGAGUAAAGAUGAUUCUAUAGGUUUAUGGGAUGUGAAGAAAGGCCAAAAAAAAUCUAUGUUAUACAGCCAUAGUAGUUGGGUUACAACAGUUUGCUUUUCUCCAGAUGGUAAUAUAUUCGCAUCUGGUAGCUUUGAUUAGUCUAUCAACUUGUGGGAUGUUAAAACAGGUCUAUAAAAAUCAGCAUUAGAUGGUCAUUCUAAACGUGUCUCAUCAACUUGUUUCUCUCCUAAAGGGACAAUAUUGGCAUCUGGUAGCGAUGAUAAAUCAAUUUUUUUGUGGGAUGUAAACACAGGACGAUUAAAAAAUAAAUUAAAUGGUCAUAAUGAUAAGGUCCUAUCAGUGUCGUUCUCUCCUGAUGGUACAAUAUUAGCAUCUGCUAGUGUUGAUAAGUAUAUCCGUUUAUGGGAUGUUAAGACAGGACAAAUAAUAUCAAACUAAAAAAGUCUUAGUCGAUCAGUAAUGUUCUCUCUUGAUGGUAAAACAUUAGCAACUGGUUGUUAUAAUAAUUCUAUCCAAUUAUGGAAGGUUUUUACAAGAAAAUUAUAAUUGAAAUUGUGUGGUCAUGUUGGGUGUGUCAAUUCAAUUUGUUUUUCUACAGAUGGCACUACAUUAGCAUCUGGUAGUAAUGAUAAGUCAAUUUGUUUGUGGAAUGUGAACAAAGGAGGAUUAAAAUAUAAAUUAAAUGGUCAUAGUGAUAAUGUCCAAUCAGUGUGCUUCUCUCCUGAUGGUACAAUACUAGCAUCUGGUAGUGAUGAUAAGUCCAUCCGUUUAUGGGAGGUUAGGACAGGAAAAUAAAAAAGAAAAUUAGAUUUUAGUGAUAGCUGCGUAAAAUCAGUUUGCUUCUCACCUGAUGGUGAUACAUUAGCAUCCGGUAGUGGUAAUCCUUAUAGUGGAGGACAACCCUCUAUCUGCUUAUGGAAUGUUAAGACAGGAUCAUUAAAAACCAAAUUGAACGAUCAUUAUAGUUGUGUAAACUCAGUAUGUUUCUCACCUGAUGGUUAUACAUUAGCAUCAGGUAGUGGUAUGCCUUGUAAUAGUGAAGAUUGUUCUAUUCGUUUAUGGAAUGUUAAGGAAGGACAUUAAAUCUUUACUUCAGAAAAUAAUUAUACUGAUAUUCACGCUGAAUUUUAAAUGGCUCUUUAAAAUACUCCAUUACUACAAAAUAGUAGAUAUUUCUAAUUAUAAUUUAGCUGUUUCUAACGUUACAAUUCUCCUUAUCUCUAAAUAACUUAUAUUUUAGGCAAAAGGAGCUAAAAUUUUCAAUGGAUAAUUUACAACCUAAUCAGGAAUAGAUUUAAGUUUACUAAUAAAGCAAAGGGGUGGCUAUUUCUUGGACAGAGAAAGAUAAAAUAUAAUUUGA